AUGGCCGAGCGUAUUCGGUGCCGAAGUCGUCGAUCAACCGAAAAUCUGUUUGUUAUGAUAGAAGAAAGUGUGUCAAAAUCAUUCCAAGACUGUGAAGACAUUGACAUUAACGAAAAACAAAGAGUUUUUGAGCGUUUUAAAGAGAUAUACUUUGGCAGUCUCAAGAGUAACAUUGUUAUUGAUGGAGUAGGAUGGGAAGAAACAAAUUGUGAUGAAACAGCAGAAUUCAAACCCAUUGAUAUGGAGAAAAAGAAAUACGUUGACACCACACUGGUGGAGUUGGUGGAUGAUUCAACUGUCAGAGUAAGCAGUCGACGAAAGAAGUAUCCGUCAAAGCUUACCAUAAACUGCCGGAAGAUGUUGGAAGCUCAAACAGUUCAGUGUGUCAAAAGAAAGUUUCAGCUUCCUACUAUGAAAGUAUGCAACCAUACAGUAGCAGAGAAGGUAGUCGACCCUUUAAGAAUGGAGAAUAUAGCAGAAUCCUGCAAAGAUUUGGCAACACAAAUUAAGACUAUUCCUGAUGCCCUCAUCAAAACAGACAGACUGAAGAAAUCAACGGAAAUGUUCGAGAACCACAAAAUGACUCUGCCCAAUGGCGUCUUGUUUAAUGACAGUGUAGUGAUUCCUCCCGAGGAACCCUCCCUUCAGAGCCGGCUUCUGGUACAGCUACAGUAGGGGGAUAGUCAAGCUACUGCUUGUGUUACCCAUAGGUCCCAUGUUGAAAAGUCUGUUAUUUACUGGUUUUGUUUUAACAUUGUUUUCUCUUUUUUACCAGUAUUUUAAAGAAACUAGUGCAUUACAAUGAAAAAGAAAUUAUUUACUGUAAGAUUUUUAAAUGUACAUAUAUGUAAAUAUGUAGUGGUAUAUUAGAGUUGCUGAUAUUAUUUUGUUUUGUAUAAAAUCUGUCUUUUUGUACUCAAAUGAAGUAUAGUAUAAAGUGUGUAAAGUUAUACAGAUAAUUAGUUACAUUAGAAGCAUGACUUGUCUGUAGAAUUGUUAUUGCUUGUUCGAGAUGCCUCUAAUGCUGCAUUAUUAGGCUACUCUGGUCAGUAUUUUUUUUAUGUUUAAAAAUUUAUUUUUCUUUAUCUUACUUUCAUCAGAUAAGUUUUCCCACUUUAUGUUAUUCAUUAUUGCAUUAUAGCAGCAGUAGCCCAUUCUUCCAUCUCCCAUUUACACACAAGAAAAUGUAAAGCUGAUUUCAUCAUGA